AUGAGAACUCAUCACGAUGCAGAGGAGAAUUUUGAACCCUUCAGUAAACCUUGCGAAAAAUGCGGAGAAACUAUUGGAUACAACGGAAAAGAAGUUUGCAAAGAACUCCGUUUCGAUGGAAAACCUUACCAUGAAUGGUGCCUUACUUGUGAUUUAUGCAAUGUUUCGAUCGCUGGAAAAUUAGUGAAGAAAAAAGACUCAAAAAUUAUUUGUGAGGACUGUUUUCGAACACACUACAUGCCGAAAUGCUCUCAAUGUCUUCAGGCUUUCAAACAGGGCGAUGAGCGAAUUUUGUACGACAACCAAAUCUUUCACCAGCGCUGUUUUGUUUGUUCGGAAUGCAAUUCUCCAGUAGACAAGAACAAGUUCUUCAAAAGUGAUAACAAACUCAAAUGUGAUAUUUGUUUCUCAAAAAAGAGUUCUACGUUGAAAGCAGGAGCAAUUUGCCCAACUUGCAAUCGAAUAAUUAGAGAUGGAGCAGUCGCUUUUAGAGGGAAAAAUUAUCAUCGUUACUGUUUUACUUGCAAAGGAGGCUGUGGAUAUGAGCUUGGAGGAGCGGAAUUCGCGAUUAAAAAUGGAGAUUGUUUUUGCUUCGAUUGUUAUAUUUCAAAGUUCGGGCGCGAUUGCGAGCGAUGCUUGGAAGUUGUCGUUGGGCUUGGCGAGCUGCGCAAGAUCACUUACGAAAACUCGUGCUGGCAUCCGGAGUGUUUUACCUGCUUCGAAUGUUUGAUGGGUUUAGAAAACCAAAAAUUCAAGCAACUUUGCGGAGAAAUCUACUGCCUCAAGUGGGGUACGAAAAACCAGCGUGCGGCCACGAAAUUGCUACUUUUUUAUGUUGACAUAUUAGUAGGAGGAGUUGAGUGCGCGCGAGCAGUGGAGAACUUCAUCGAAGAGACAAAAUGUGCUGUUGCAGCCCAUUCCAUGCAGUCAAGGCAUCCGUCUAUCUACGACGAAGAAUCGGCCAGGCUAGGAAAACAUCAAUCAGAAGAUUUCGACAUCGACGAUGACCUCUUCUCCGAGCUCCAAGCCUCACUGAACCUUUACUAA